AAGAACAGUGUCCCAUGGAAAAACCUGCUCACAAUUUCCUGUUCUGUUAUAUUCCAAAACCACACCAAUCACCAACUUCACCAUAACAAUAACAACCAAACCUCAACACUCUCUUUUUUCCAUUCUACAUGCCAUGUCAUCAUUAUUCCAUUCUUUUCUUUUCCACUUGAAAAACUAAAAACUAUCAUUUCAGUGUAACAAACAACCAUCUCCUCUCAUUUUGUUCAUUCCUCAACAAAAAAAAAAAAUGGAUACUCCACCAACACCAAACCACACUUCCUCACAUAAUAACCUUCCCAUUACCGUAACCGUUUUCGCCGUUACCGUUAUCGUUUUCUUAACGAUCUAUUUCAUCUUCCGUUACCGCCGCAAUAGCGCCUCCCGUCGUUUAACUCCGCCGUCGUCGUCUUCCACAGUUUUAUCAUCCGGCAAUAGAAUAACGCCGGAGACGACUUCGUCUUCUUCCUCCGUAGUCGAUUCUCUCCCGCUUUUCACGUUCUCUUCCAUCAAACGCCGUUCCUCCUCCGUUGUCUCCGGCGACUGCGCUGUUUGUUUGUCGAGGUUUGAGCAAAAUGAUUACCUCCGUCUUCUUCCUCUCUGUUGCCACGCAUUCCACGCGGAAUGCGUUGACGUUUGGCUCCAGUCGAACCUGACGUGUCCGCUCUGUCGAUCAGCCGUUAUCGCUUCGGAAUCGGAGGUUGUGAAGAUUUCCCGGCCGGCAUCGUCGUCAUCUGAUAACAGCUUCCGUUUGGAGUUAGGUAACGUCAGCAACCGCCGUGGCGCUACCGCAUCUGAGAAUGUCAGCGGAGAAACUGACCGGAGAUCAUACUCCGUCGGCGCAUUUGAGUAUUUCGUCGAUGAAGAAGCUGAGAUUCCGUUCGGUCAUACUAAUCGAAGAAUUGUUCCCGGUGAGAAAGAUGAUGCACCGGCAAUCCCGGCGGGGGAGUUUCCGGUUCCGGUGGCUUCUCACUUGGUCGGUGAAGGUAACAACUGGCUGAAGGAUUACAUGGAUAAUAUCUCAAGUCUGACGUGGUUUAGAAAUUCUGGAAGGUUCUUCAAUGGGAGUAGUCGACGAAACGACGUCGUUGGAGUUCAGGAUUUUGAUGUUGAAGCUAACAGGUUUGGGGAAGAAAUUAGUGAGAUGUUUAGAUGGGUUUCAGGGGUUUGAUUAUGAAUUAAUCAUGUAAUUAAGCAAUAUAGUUAAUAGGGUUUUCAAUUUUCUGAAAAUAUUUUUAUUUUAUGUGCAUAAAUCUUCACAAAGUUAGCACAUAACUCAGAUAUUAUCGAUGGAGUUUCAAAAAAUAUUUCUUAAUAUUUUUCUUUGGUUUGGUAAAUAAUGUGUGAUACUACCAUUUAUUUGACGUCGUUAUCAAAGUAAUUAAUUAAGUUACAUCCAAAGUUGUGGUUUGUGUGUGAUAUUUGCUAUUUUUUCACGAGAUCUCUCACAGUGUAAAUGUAGGUGAUUUUGUAUGAUAUGGAAU